UUCCAAAGCUCAUGCAAAUCUUCGCCUGUGUCAGAGGAAUGUCGAAUCUUGCCGUCGUUUUCGUUCUACGGACCGAGCGCUGUUGUUAUUCGGUGAAAGAUUCGACUUCAACGUCCAGCAAUGGGGAAGUGUGGAGCGCUAUAUUUGGCGCGCGGUUGGUUUACUUGCAGUGCAAAUCGCCAUUGACAGAGCUGUUUCCGAGUUCUUGAUCCACUUCCAGUUGAAUUUGACUUUCCUUUAUGCAGAUUAGCAUCUGGUCCUAAUUCAGAGCUUGAAAGGUUAUCUUCUUCGGUUUUUUUGGUUUUGAGUGUUUUAUCCUGAUUACUGUCGUUCGCAGAUGGUGAUUUGUUGUGGCUUCUGUGGUGGUGUUUUGUUUUAAUUAUUAUUGUUUUCUCUAUCGGUUUGAUGAAUCUCUAUCGUCGGUAUUCAUAGCAUGAAUGUUUACAAGAAAUUUGUGUCGCUGUUAGCAUUUCUUUUUCGGCAUCCUAUUUCUGAAUUUAGAUUCAACUUGUGUUGUUUUGUUUUACUAAACAAUGAUUUUUGUUUGUGAUGCUACUUUCCAACUGGUUUUACCGUUCAAAUUCCUCUUGUUUUACGUCUGGUUUUCAAUAAUUCCUUUAAUUGUUUGGAGGCUGUUGUUUAUGCUUAAAGUUGUAGUUUAAAGUGCGUCUUGUGAUCAGGAAAACUGAGAAACAAAUUACCCGAACUCUACUUUUUGAUUUAGCUUGGGUUUGAGUUUUCGCAGUGAGAUUUGUUCCUGAUUUGAAUUUCGGGUUGGAAGGGAACCCGUUGUUCCAUCUAAGAACAGCUUCAGAUUUUGAAUUUUGUUUGAUGUAAUUGCGGUGGAUUUCAUCUUCUUGAGACUGAAAAUCAGCAAAUUGGGUGACAAACUAAUCAGUUUGACUAGGAAAAUAUGGAAAGAUUCCUGUCAGCAUUCGUCUCAGAAGCUCAGGCGGGAGGGCAGUCACUGCUCGUUAAUAUAAAGAUUGCCGUGUUACCCAUAGCCAAAGUUUUCACCAUGUGCUUUCUGGGUUUUAUUUUGGCAUCUAAAUAUGUCAACAUCUUGCCUGCGAGUGGAAGGAGACUUUUGAAUAGGUUGGUCUUUUCGCUUUUGCUUCCAUGUUUAAUAUUCUCUCAGCUUGGGCAAAGUAUUACCAUGGAGAAAAUUUUUCAAUGGUGGUUUAUUCCUGCAAACAUUGUGCUGACUGCCAUAUCAGGUUCACUAAUUGGAUUAAUUGUUGCAUCAAUUGUUCGUCCUCCAUACCCCUUCUUCAAGUUCACGAUUGUACAAAUUGGGAUCGGGAACAUUGGGAAUGUGCCGCUCGUUAUUAUUGCAGCCCUCUGUAGAGACGAAUCCAACCCUUUUGGUGAUUCAGAGAAGUGUAGUACUUGUGGGAUUGCUUAUAUUUCAUUUGGCCAGUGGGUUGGUGCAAUUAUCAUCUAUACCUAUGUGUAUGCAAUGUUGACACCUCCCCCUGAGGGUACAUUUGACAUUAAAGAUGAAAGUAUUCCAGUUAAGAACCUGCAAAAGGAUCAUACACCUGUGCUUGUUCCCUUGCUUCUUCAGGAGAUACCUUCUACAUAUUCAGAUCCUUCUAAGAGGGAAGAGGUUUUAGCCAUGGUUAUGGGUGUAAUACCAUUCUUUAGGCGGUUGAUCUUUACUCCUGAUGCUCCACUAUUCUUCUUCACUGAUAGCUGCAAAAUUCUCGGGGGGGCUAUGAUUCCAUGCAUCCUGUUGGCAUUGGGAGGAAACCUUGUUGAAGGUCCUGGAAACUCGAAACUCGGGCUUCGGACUACCGUUGCUAUUAUUUUUGCAAGGUUGUUUUUGGUACCUCCUACUGGACUUGGCAUUGUUAUGUUGGCUGAUAAGCUUGGUUUUCUUCCUCCUGAUGAUAAAAUGUUCCGAUUCGUUCUUCUUCUUCAGCAUUCGAUGCCGACAUCUAUCCUCUCGAGCACCGUGGCUACUUUGAGGGGUUGCGGGAGAGAAUCCGCUGCUAUUCUUUUCUGGGUUCAUAUAUUUGCUAUCAUCUCAAUGGCUGGAUGGUUGGUCCUCUAUCUCAGGAUACUCUUCUAAUGAAAUUGUAUGAUAGCUGACGAAACGAUAGCGUAGACUACAAAGAGCGUUUUCUGGAUGUCAUAUUAAAAGUCUGAUACUUUUAAUAGUGUUUUUAUAAUUAAUACUAUAAUAGAAUGAAGAUAUAGAUUACGAAUAU